GAAUCGGAAGUAAUCCCUGGAAAAAUCCUCGGAGUAAUGGUGGAAUAUUCAAAGCAAUAUUUGGUGGAAUCGUUGGAGGAAUAUCUUGUGGAAAUUGAGGAGAAUUUACAUAACGGGUUAAAUGUUGCUCAUGAGGUUGUAAUCGCCUUAGAAAAACUCAUUUUCUUUUCCGUAGGAAAAAUAAACAACAAACCGGAAGUUAACCAAGGAAAACGAGUAGUCACGCAACUAGUCCAACCGUUCUACAAUUCGGGACGACGUGUUACGUUCGAUAACUUUUUCACGAGUAUUCCUCUCGCAGAAGAUCUCCGAUCUAAUGGGUUUUACUCAAUUGGAACGCUUAGAUCGAAUAAGAGAGAGCUUCCGAAAGAAUUUCUACCGGAUAAGAAAACUCCAGCCGGCACUGCGAAGUACGCAUAUCAUAAUCGAAUGAUGAUCGCUUCUUGGACCGAGAAAAAGGGAAAAUCAGUUUUAUUCUUGUCGACCGAUCCAGCUACCCUGCCAGACGGCAACAUAAAUAUUGAAAACAUGCCUCCGGUAAAAUCCACAGAUGUUCAGCAACCUACACCAAUGGUGAAACCAAACGUCGUAAAAGUAUACAAUUCCUUGAAGGGAGGAGUUGAUACUUUGGACAAGGCAACUGGCGGGUAUUCAUGUAAACGCCGAACGAAUAGAUACUCGAUGAGUAUUAUUUUCAAUAUUAUUGAUCUGUGUUCCCACAACGCCUUUCAUACAUUUAGAUCUGCACAUCAAGAUUUUCUACCAAAAGAUCGUAGCAGUAAGUACAAGUUCCUAGAUUGGCUAUCAAAAGAAUUGGCUCUAGAGUACGUGAAAGAACGAAGCAAAAAUGACAAACUGCCUCUUGAAACGCGAGCAAAAAUCGACAAAACUGGAAUGAUAUGUAUGGUGCAACUCAAAAUCCGAUUGCUAAGUGCUUUACCUGUGAAGGAAAAUGUUCCCUAAAAAAAUGCGCUGGAUGCAUGACUGUAGCAUGUGGCAAUCAUUAUCACACAAUCGAUGUAUAUCAAUGUCCGGAAUGCGAAGAUCAAACGGUAAAAUUAAAUAAGUUCGAACGCUCGCCAUUGGUGAAUAAAAGGUGUGCAUUUUGUCGACGAUCGAAGGAUGUGAAGACAAAAGUACAUUGUAUAAAUUGUGGGAAACCAGUGUGCAAUCGGCACGACAGUCGAAAAAUCGUUUCUGUAGAUAUUUGUAAUAUUUGCUAUAGCAAGUAAUGUAACCUAUUUUUAUAGAACACAUUUUGAAAUCACAGUACAUUGGAACACAAAUUGAAAUCCUCCAUUUUAUCACAAUAAAAGUUAUCAAUAUUUCUA